UUUCCCAUAAUUCCCCUGUAUCACGGAACGUAUCUUACGCACUUUCUAGAACGUUAACGACUGUUCCAGCGCGACUCACUUUAGAGAAUAGCAAGCUAACAGCAGUAUGACCCAGCCUACUUUUUAAGCCCCUGACUUCAUGCUACAGAGACGGACAAAUUGUUUGGUCGUCAUCUCUUUUUGACUGUGAUUUUAUUAUUUUAUUUGGUUGGUUAAGCUUGGGUGUGUAGAGCUUCUGCUGCGCGCUAACGAAAAUGUUAAAAAUGCAACUCUAAAUUGAGUGGAGGUGAGCUAGCUUGACGUCAACAUCAAACAAACUGCGAGGGGUGGUGGGCAGUGCAUUUGCUCAGGUCGGUCUUUAACGCAUCAUGUUCUUACUGAAUUCGUACAAAUAUUUUGUUCAGUGCAAAGAUAAAGCUGUUAUUGUGCACUACUCUGUUAGGUAAUAUAGUCAAUGUUAUCCGAAGCGUGAUACUAGCACUAACACACAACAAUAGCGUUGUAGCUAGAUAGAUAAUAGUCAGUGGGCAGGCACCGUGUGCACGAAUAAGAUGUCUGUCACAUUUGUUGCAAAAAAUACCUCUCUCAGCUUAUCUGAUUGGUAUUAAUAUGAUCUUUCAGAUCAGCCCCGUUAUAAUUAUCUACCCGCGUGCCUCUUCAAAUAAAUUCUACGACUGGAUCAGCAUGCAUCACCCUGCUACGUCAAGCAACGAACUCGGCUUUCUGCCAGCCAUGUAUUCAUUUUCAGGCCCCACAAACGUGCCUGAAUUUGACUUCGGACCUCCGAGUGCGUCUGACCACUUACAGAGAGCAACAAACUCUAACAACAGCUGGGAGACAAGAUGCCAAAGAAAGCACAGGAGGAGAGUAGAUGAUGAGGGAUGCUGUGCCAAAAAGAGGAGGUUAAUGUCUGAGGCUGAAGCGGACAUUUCAGGAAACUCCAAUACUCAGCAUGAAUGGGCUACAGAAAACAGCUGUCCUGCUCUGUCUGCACAGCAAAGAGCCCAUGCUCCAUCAGAACCCUUUUCAUUACCUCAGACCUUGUCACAGCCCCCCUCUGCUUCCACCCGACCUGAGACUGAGAGCUCCUGCAUGGAAAUAGAGGCAGCUCAGAGGAAACUGCAGGAGAUUGAAGACAGAAUAACACUUGAAGAUGACGAUGAGGAUGAAGAUCUGGAUGUAGAACCAGUUCAAAGACGGCCAGUGCUAGUGAUCUCCGACAGCUUGAAGGAGGGUCUACAGCGUGGCAUCAGUGACAUCCUCCCCCACAUGGUGGCGCAGUCUGUAAGUCAUUCAGGCAUGGAGCUGGUGCUGUGGCGUCCUCCAGAAGAUCCCUUCUCUCGGAGGCAAAAGGGUCCAUUACAGAAGCAGCGUAAACAACAGACACUUUGCCGGCAACCUCCAACUCCGUGUCCAUCUCCCAACCCUCAUAGUCCCCUCAGCCCCUCAAGUCCACCAGCAGAGGCACAAUCAGACUCUUCUUCUUUGUACAGUUUGCCUGCAACCCACAGCUCUGGGGAGGAGGAAAUGGAAAUGUAAUGCUGCUUUGUCAGCAUACAAGCUAACCCAAAGUAAAAGACUGGACACAAGAUGACAACAUUCAAGCUGACCAGGUUGGCAAGGGAGCAUGACUUCACAUGAGAAUUUUUACUGUUUUUGAGUAAUUCUUGCAAAAGUUGAUUUGCCAUUCAGAAGGUUUCCUGACUUUUAUUGCCGACAACUACAUGUAACUUUAAGUAAGCAUUCAAGUCUGUACAUAUGCAGUCUCACGCAAUUUUGUAUAUUUUACAGGUUUAAUUUUUGCCUGUAGACAUGAAGUAUUUUGUACAUACUUCCUGCCAGCAACGCUGUUGGGUUAUGAGCAGGACUUUGUCUUCUGUUAAGCAUUGUUGUCAAGCAACUGGAGUUUCACUUUGAACUUCUGGACAUUGUUAACAGAACUCUUAAAAGUGUUUCACAUUUGAUCAUAGUGUGACUUAUGCAAGUAUGCCAUCUGUGACCUUUGAGGAAUUUGUAAAGGGGUUACCGAUAUGUAGUCUUUUUUUAUGAUUUGCUUGUAUUUUCAUAUGUACAUUACCUGCAUUGCAGACAGCCAUGGAGUGUUAUUACUUUAUAUUUCUUUUGUAAUAAAUGUACACUGAUCACACAGAGAUUCAAAAUCUGUGUUAA